GUUCACUCUGGCGGUGGUGCCUCAUCCCAUGGGUUCACUCUAUUUUCUUCGCUUUCUUAAGUGGGUCAAAUCGCCUCCUCCUAUGGGAGGCGGUGGGGUCCCACUUGGUGUGGAAAGCACAUCAAAGCAAUCAUGAAUAUCAGCCCAACAUUCCUCGGCGUUCCAAGGGCAUUUAGCAACUUGUUAUCAGCUGAAGUGAAAUUCAUUUCACUUCUCAGGUUCUCCCAACGUCUAAUAUCUCCUUUUUACAUGGUGGACAUGUUGUCCUUUGGAAACACUGAAUGCAAUGGUUCCUGAAUAUGUAUGAACAGCAGGGGUACUGAGGACAAUUGAUCCACACCUAACUAUAAAUAGCAUCUAGGAAACGGUGGCAAUUCAAGCUAUGUUUUUGUUGUUUGCAUUUCCCCUCCACAUUUAUGACCACUUAUAUUAUUCAUGCAUUUUGAAGACAAUCGAGCAGUCAAUGUGGAGGACCUUGCAAUACUUACUACACCAGGUAUGGGCUGUCGUAAGAGUUGUGUCAUGUUUGAUUAGGAGAAAGCACAUGAGUGGUUGGCUAAUUGUAUGUCAUGAUUGAUGCCCUCAUCCACAUAUCUUUUAUAUCAUAUGAUUGACUCUCGGCGAAAUGGUACCAAUUUUAUGAACGCAAUGAUCAAGGAUCUAAUCUUGAGGUCAUUUAUAUAUCUUAUUGUUUUAUUUUUGAGAAAUAUCACAUUAGAGUUUUAUGAUAAGCAUAGUACUAUAAGCCCGUUGAAAUAAUACCCGUGAGUUUCUAUCCACUUUAUUAAUUUUGUGUUCUUCACAUUGAUCAUAUUUUUUCAUUGGGCAUUGACCCUCGCGCAAAGCGCGCGCUGAUGCUAGUAUGUGUGUGUGUGUGUGUGUGUUAAUUAGUGAUGUUUAGAUAUUGGAUGAUAUAUAAGAUGGAAAUACAAUAAAUUGUACACAUUAUAUGUGAUAUCCAAUUAUUUUACUUAUUAAUUAUUGUAGAUCAAUAAUUGUAGUCGGAGAAUUUUAAUUUUGAAAUAGUAGUGUUGUUGUUUAGUUAGGUGUUUUUUUUGUAUUACAAAUUGUAUUAUAAGUAAUGUUGUUUAAUUAGAUUUAUAACUUGUAUUAUAAAUAGUGUUGUUUAAUUAAAUUUUUGUAAUUAGGUACGGAGUGUUAGAAAUUGUAUUAUAAUAGUGUUGUUUAAUUACAAUUGAUGGAGUAUAUGGGUCUGAGCCCCAGGACCCACAUACUCAGAAGAACAGAAAGCACAAGACACUAAGUGGUGCCCUCGUCGGCCAAGGGACCCCCGUCGGCCGGAAAGGUACCAACUCAGAAUAUGGUGUUGAAGCCAAGGAACCCGUGUGCCCUCGUCGGCCGUGCCCUCGUCGGCCACGCCCUCGUCGGCCACGAAGACCUCACAGAACCGGACUUUACACUUACUCAUUUGUACAGCCCAUUAGUGGCUUUGUAUUCGGCCCAGUAGCGGUCCAGUUGUAAAUGGGCCUCCCAAGCCCAAGGCUUGGGAGCCCAGCCCGUAUUUUCCCUAUAAAUACUUCCUCUGGAGGUAGUUAUCCGGGUUACAAAAUCAUUCUAUUGAAGCAUAUUAUUGCACUUCUCUCUCUAGCUCUCACUUCUCUCUAGAUAUACUCUAUCAUUUGGUGCUCUCGUUGAGAGCUAGAACAAUCAAGUUAGCACCCUUCGUCGCUACCGAGCACAGCUAACCACUGAUCAUGGGAAGAACUAAAUCAAACCGCAACCUCAUCAGCAAGGCCAUCCCUGAGGACCAAGAGGCCAGGGAACACGAGGAGGAUGCCACGGCCGACCAGGUCGGCAGAGGGGACGUCUUCCUGGAGGCCAUCAACCUCACGACGAACCUCCGCAACCAACUCAACGGCGGAGCCCCUGAUGCCCGCAUCGGCUUGGACAAGAAACGAGUUGAGAAGACAUACCACGCCACGGCCCAGCCUAUGGUCGCAGCCUCUCCGUCUGUGGAUCCACAGGUCCUGGCCGCGCUGUCGGUCAUCAUCGCCAGCUUGGCCCAGAACCCCACCGUCCUCAGCGCGCUCUUGCCAAGGACCGGGGGGAACGUCACUCCACCUCCUCAGCCCCGACCGUUGGCCGUCCAGAUAGGCAACGAUGAGGGGGUGAUGGCCCAGGACACGGCGUCGUCCCACUCCCACCCCGCUUCCCCUCUUCGGCCUGGGCAGACCCCAGCGCGUGGAAAAGCCUCUACCUUCAAUAGGCUGGGUGACACGCGCCGUCGUCCGGUUUCGGAGAGGAUGGCAGGACGGAUUGGUGAGCGUCGGUCUGGCUCGCCAAGGGAAAGCUUGGGGUCUGUGUCCCGGACAGCGGACCAGCCCCGCCCAGACAAGGGCAAGGGGAAGCUGCACGAGGACGACGUGCGUCACCAGAUCAAUGCUGCCCACGACGAGCGCAUGAGAAACCAGCAGGGCACCGCUGCGGCCGCCAGGGACCCCCGGGACGAGGUCAUCGACCAGCUGGAAAGGAGGCUGGCUCAGAUGGAGGCCAGGCAAUCGGCCAACAACCCCACGGCUGGCGCCUCCAACGACCCCGGCCUCGACACCCUCAUGAACAAGGUCAGCGCCCUGGAGAGGGAGUUGGCCGAAGGGCGAGGUGACCCCAUCAUACAGGUCAGGACCAGGACCCCUUUCACCAACAGGGUGCUCUCGGCCCCCAUCCCGGAAAAGUACAAGGGGAACGCCAUCAGGUCUUACGAUGGCCGAUCAGACCCCCAGGAGCACUUCAGCCGCUAUCAGAACAACAUGUUGAUGGUGAACGCGUCGGAUGAAUAUCUCUGCCGUUGGUUCCUAUCUACUCUUGAGGGGCCAGCGUACGAGUGGUUCAACGCGCUCCCCGAGGGGAGCAUUGACUCAUGGCAAGACCUUGCCCAACGCUUCCUCACCCACUUUGCCGGGAGGAAGCGUGCGAAGAAGUAUUUCACCCACCUCCUCUCCGUCAAGCAGCAACACGAUGAGUCCCUCCGGUCGUUCAUUGAUCGGUGGACGAGGGAGACCGAAGAAGUCGAGGGGGGCGAUGAGCGCACCCUCCUCGCCCUGUACCAAGGAGCCCUCCGCAGCUCCCCGUACGCAAGGAGCCUCAUCACCGACCCUCCAAGGUCGUACGCCAAAGCGCUCCAGCGUGGAAGCUUGUACGCCGACGCCGACGAGCUCCACAAUCACAAGAAAGAGGGAGGCCAUCCCUCCAAGAAGACAAAUCCUUCGCCGGCCCCGGGUCCGUC